AUGUCUCUGUCCGACACCGAGAAGGGAUGUGUUGAUAUGGUGGAGGAUGUCGUCCCCUUGGGCAAAUCUCCUGGUGAUGAAGUACUGAUCUCUGCUGAUGGAGAAAUUCGACUCCUGCCGAUCCCUAGCAGGGACCCGAACGAUCCGUUGAACUUUUCCUAUUAUGCGAAAAUGGGGAUCAUUCUCAGCUGCUGCUGGUUUUCUGUCAUGUCCUUGUCGGUGGUUGGAGGUCUGGGAUCCAUUUUGACAAUCUUCAUCGACCUCUACGCUAAAGAAGGGGUGGAUUCCACCAGGGUGGGCUGGCUCACCACUUUUCCCUCCCUUUUCAUCGGUAUCGGAAACUAUUUCAUCUUACCGCUGGGACUGGCUUUCGGUAGACGCCCCAUCACUCUUAUCUCAAUUACUGUGCUCCUAGCCGUUACCAUUGGCUGUGGACUUUCACAAAACUAUACGCAGCACUUUGCCUUAAGAAUCAUUCAAGGUCUGGCUACGGGUGCCGCAGAGUCACUACUCCCACUUAUUCUUGCUGAGGUGACAUUUCUGCACCAACGAGGCAAGAUCUAUGGCUUGUACUGGUCGGCUCAAAAUAUUCUCAACAGCUGUUUCAACAUCGCCAGCUCUUAUGAAGCGGCUGCUCUGGGCUGGCGCUGGUAUUAUUGGGUCUUCGUGAUUACCAUUGCCGUCGGUGGGCUGAUCACGUUCUUUACUUGCUUUGAGACCGCCUACUCUCGCUCUCUCCAAAUAGUUGACGGACGCGUCGUCAUCACGGACGAGUAUGGUGUUACUCGUGUUCUGAGAGGCGAAGAGGCAGAAGCAUAUAUCACCACCAAUAAUAUCGCUGAGGGUGAUCAGAACCAUCAGGCUGAAGAGUUGAUCCCUAAGAAGUCCUAUCUGCAGCUGAUUAUGCCUUGGUCAGGGGUGAAGAAUCCCCCCGUGAAGACUGUACUGAACUCUUGGUGGCGAAUGUUGCUGUGUCUGACGUCCCCGGGAAUCAUUUACGCCACCCUUCUUUCGUCCGCUGUCCUUGCUGCUUCGAUUGGCAUGGGUCUGACAUACGACAAUGUCCUGCAGAGUUACGGGUGGAAAGCGAAGAAUGUUGGUCUCAUCAACCUUGGUGGCGUGUUUGGCAGCUUUGGCGGUCUCCUUUACGCUGGACUUUUUGGGGACUGGUUCAUCAUUAAAAUGGCCAAGAGGUCCGGUGGCGUUCAUACUCCGGAGCACCGUCUUCUGCUACUGAUUGCCCCCGGGGUUGUCACGGUCUUCACCCUCCUACUUUAUGGUUUUACUGCUGGUGGUGGAUCUACCUGGGGUGGUCCGUACAUGGCCUGGGCUAUCUUCGAGGUAGCUUUCGUUGCCGUACUUAUUAUCUCAACGACAUUUGCGGCCGAAGCAUGGGAUCAAAAUACAGGUCCCGCCUUGGUCAUCGUUGUGGGGACGAAAAACCUGAUCUCAUUUGGCAUUGCGUAUGCUCUCACCCCGAUGGUCGAGAAGUAUAGCUACGCAGCAGGCAUGGGAAUGCUGGCUGGAGUUUCCGGCUUUAUCUUCUUGCUUGGUAUUCCAGUCUACUAUCUCAAUCCCGUGUGGCGGCGUUAUAUGGAGGAAAAAGCCAAGCAAUCUUAA